GCAAUCACCUUUAGGAGCAUGCGCAAUCCUUCAACGUUUACUCUCCCCUCAUUUCUUAAUCAGUUGUCACCGGCCUUUUUUUUGGUGGGACCUCCUGUGUAUAUACUUGCAUCCUUUUAACUGUGCUGGUACCAUUUCCAACUAAAAAUUCAUCAUGGCUUUAGCUCAGAAAGCAAUUUCUGAUUUUCAACAAUUGAUGGGUGUAUCUCUGCUAAAUUUUGUACAAGCUUCUGCUGCUUUGGGAGAGCCAUUGGCAUCUUUUAGUAAAAAAGUAGUAGAGGCUUUUGAAAAAAAUCUUGAACUUAUUCAAUUUGGACUCUAUAAUCCUCAACCACCAAUGGACAGUGAAGGAAUGAAAGUAUUUGCUAAUAAAAUCAGGGACAUUGUGGAAUUCAGAGAGAGUCCAAAAGAUAGCAAUUUUACUAACCAUUUUUCUACCAUUAGAGAAGCUAUACUUGCACUUGGUUGGAUUAAUGUUAAACCAGCACCAACACAAUACAUUAAAGAUGCCAAAGAAGCAGGAGAGUAUUAUGGAAAUAGAGUCUUGUCAAGUAACAAAGGAAAUGAGUUGCACAAACAGUGGGUUAAUUCAUGGAAUCAAUUAUUAGUGGAUCUACAAGAAUAUGUGCGAAACAAUUUUCUGACUGGUUUCACUUGGGGAGCUGCUGCUCAGGGCAAAGGUGGUGCAGCUCCUCCACCUCCUCCUCCCCCACCUCCAUCUUUAUUUGCUGAUGUUGCCUCCCCAGCUGGUGGUGACAGUGCUCGCCAGGCACUUCUAAAUGACUUAAAUAAAGGAACUAGUAUUACAGCUAGUCUGAAGCCUGUUAAAAAGGGCCAAUCUGCUCCUUCAGGUCCUGCCCCCACUGUGCAUAGUCCUGUUAAAGCUCAAACUGCCAAACCUGUCGCUCGCCCUCCUAAAUUUGUUUUAGAUGGUCGAAAAUGGGUAGUGGAGUAUCAAAGGGGUCAGUAUGGAUUAAAAGUGGAUGUUGAAGAUAUAUCUCAAUCUCUUGCUAUGUAUAGUUGUCAAGAUACAUCACUAGAAGUAACUAACAAAAUGAAUAAUGUUGUGAUUGAUUCAUGCAAAAAUGUAGUGGUUGUUGUGAAAGAUAUCAUUUCAUCUGUUGAAAUAAUAAGGUGUGACCGUUUGAAACUUCAGUGCGAUGGUAAUGUCCCAUUGAUCAACAUGGAUAAUUGCGAUUCAGUUCAAAUUUUCAUAACUCCUGCAUCUAGAGGAGUUGAAAUCAUAUCAUCGAAAGCAACUUCCUGCAAUAUGUGCCUGUUGAAACCAGAUGGUGAUUAUAAAGAAAUUCCAAUGCCUGAACAAAUCAAAACGGUGCUUGCAGGAGAAAAACUGGUAUCGACAGUAGUUGAGAAAAAUUAAGCAACUGCAGUGAAUAUUCCCAAUUUUCUAUUUAAUUUUGUAAUGAGGUUGUGAGAUUGACGGUGCAGUGGACUUUCUCUCAACUGAGAUGAUGUAUUAAAUUUAUCUUUCACACCAUUACUAUAAAAUUUAUCCAGUAGUUUGUCUUUCUUUUAAUAUGAAAUUGAACUUUAAUCUUUAUUCAUAAUGAUGAAUUAUGGAAACUCUGUACAUGAUUUUUUUUCAUGCGUUUUCAAGCUCAUUAUUGUAACUCAUUUUGUAUGUGAUUUGAAACUAUUAAUAAAGGCUUUUGAUGCUGACCCAGUAAA